CAACGCCAAAAAGUUUCAAAAUUUUCCAAAAUUCCCGCCCCAUUUCCCUCCUAUAUAACUUCCCCGUUACACAUCUCUCAAAUUCACCACUACUAUUGAACAAUCAAAGCAUUUCCGGAUCUGCAAAGUCUUUCAUAUUGUUAUCAUACAUUUGAAAUGGCUCGUACCAAGCAAACUGCUCGCAAAUCCACUGGUGGAAAGGCUCCAAGGAAGCAGCUAGCUACCAAGGCUGCGAGAAAGUCAGCUCCGGCUACCGGAGGUGUGAAGAAGCCUCACCGUUUCCGCCCAGGAACUGUGGCUCUCAGGGAAAUCAGGAAGUACCAGAAAUCUACUGAGUUGUUGAUAAGGAAGCUGCCAUUUCAGAGGCUGGUGAGGGAAAUAGCUCAGGAUUUCAAGACAGAUCUGAGGUUCCAGAGCAGUGCUGUUGCUGCUCUUCAAGAGGCAGCCGAAGCUUACCUAGUUGGGCUCUUCGAAGACACCAAUCUCUGCGCCAUUCACGCUAAGAGGGUCACCAUAAUGCCAAAGGACAUUCAGCUCGCUAGGAGGAUUCGUGGAGAAAGGGCUUAGGAAGAUGCUUUGUUGUGCUUAUGGUUAUGGUGAAUUCGUGUUCUCUGAUUUAGGGUUUUGGUUUUCUGCCUUUUGUUGGAUGUUAGGGUUAGUGAUGUAAAUCAAAUGACUUAUUCAGUCAAACUAUAUGUAAAACCUCUGGUUUAUUAGCAUCUUAUUAAUGAAAUCUGUAGUUCAUUUUGUUUCAAUCAAAGGUGCUUCUCAUA